AUGAAUGUGGACGUCUCCCCUUCACCACCCAUUCAAGGCAUUGUGGAUGGCUUGGGUGGUUAUGCGACUGUUGAUGCAAGUGGUAGAUAUGGCAGUGUCUGCCGAGUUGACCUUGGGGACCCAGUCAUGGUGUCUGAGAGGGACCAGGAGAGGUCCGCUCUGGGACCGGAUCUACUCAAGUAUGAGCGUAGGGAGCUACUGAGGGUGUCCAAACGCAUCAAGACGAAGAGUGCCAGCAGGGCCAAGCAGUUGGCGUUGCGCACGCGUGCAGCGGCAGCAGCGGCGGUGGCAGCAUCGAAACAGCAGAAGGAUGCCGGUGCCAAUUCAACGACAACAACAGCAGCAGCAGCAGCAGUGGCUCAACGAAGCACGGCAAUAAGUGGUGGAGUGGCGCAGCACCCAAAGCGGUCGUCUGGGGCUAGACUGCAGCAUGCUAGGAUGCUCGAGAGAUACGGCGAUCUUACUAGGCUAUCAUUGGAGACACAGAGUGAAUUGGAGGACUCUGAUGGGAGAAUUCAGAGGUUGUUAAAGCGGCGAUCAGCUUUGUCGGAGCAGAGGGUUCAGAUCGAUAGAGAGGUGACGGCAUUGCAAAGGAAGAUGAGAGAGAUAGUAGCGGCGAGUAUGGUGGAGGCAGCGGCGAGGACCACCACCACCACAGCAUCGGUGGACUGGCAUCCUUACGAUGAGACCCUCCUGGCUGUGGCAUCGGCCGAUAACACAGUGAGUCUGUGGGAUAUGAGUGUGGAAGCUGAUGAUGAUGAAGAGGCUCAAGGCGGUCAAGGGCAUCUCGAAGGGGAGGAAGACUACCCGGCACAGAUGAUGUUCCUGCAUCAGGGCCAGACUGGGGUGAAGGAGGUCAAGUUCCAUCCUCAACUACCAGGGGUUAUGGUCACCACGGCAUUGGAUGGCUUUAACGUGUUCAAGACGUGUAACAUCGAUUGA